AGCUGCUCUGGGUCGGUCCGAUCUGAAGCGGGUCGCUGGUUCCGAGCGGAUGGCGGGACGGCAGCAUGCUGUGCUGGGUGGGAACGCUGAUCAAUACGCGCUGGCUGGACCGGCGCCGGUCCGGACGGGCAGCGGAGCGGAAGUCCCGCCUUGGAGCGCCGGUCCAGCGGUCCAGCGCUCUGCUCAGCCCGGCGGUCAUGUUCGGAACCAGACAGAGUUGGGACAUCGUUCACGCCCCCUGCCUGCAGGAGCUCUGGAAGAAAGACCUCUCAUUGGACGCCAGCUCAGUGGACUUCCUGAUGAGUGAUGGUGAAGACGACGGCUCCUUCCUGUCUCUGCCUGCGGCCGCCUUCUCACAGCGCCCCCUGACCGCUGAGCUCAACGCCAGCUCGUCCCACCAGCUGCUCAUCCAGAGAGUCUCCUGGUCCUGCUGCUGGACGCCUGUCAAUACUCUGCAGGACAAGGUUUCUGAGCUUCAGGCCUGUUUCAGCUUAGAGGAGGUUUCCUGCCAGCAGGGGGGCGGAGCUUGGACCCAGGGGGAGGAGCCUCUGCUGGCCACGCCCACAGGUGUGAAGCCGAAUCUGGACCGUUUCAGCCGACCCGAAGAGGAGCAGCUCGUCUCUCGGCUGCACACACAGGUGGCGACGCUGGAGCAGAAGCUGCUGGAUCGGACUCAGGAGGUGGAGAGACUUCGCUCUGAACUAGGGGCGACAGACCUGGAGAAGCAGCUGGAGCGGCUGCUGGUGGAGAACGAGCGUCUGAAACAGGAGCUGAAGUCACUCAGGAGCUCAGAGCUUCAGCCUGACGCCGCGGCGGACGGCUGCAGCCGCUGCAACCGCUGCAACCAUGCUCAGGAGGCGGAGUCGCUGCGGCGGCAGGCGGCGUCCUAGAGUCGGGCGCGGCAGCGGGAGCUGCGGCUUGCCGAGCUGCAGCAGGAGCUGCAGGAGAGCACCUGCAGAGCGGAGGCGCUGCAGCUGCAGCUGGACGACAGCAGGAGGCGCCGCAGCGAGGAAGAGCAGAAACUGCAUCUGCGACUGCAGGAGUGCGAAGAAGAGAUGGCUAGACAGGCAGUGGCGCCCCCUAGAGUCAAGGUGGUGACCCAGAUGGUGCAGGUGGAGUCGGCCGACUCGCAGAAGGCGCUGGUGGAGCUGCAGGUGAAGAACGGGUCGCUGCAGGAGCAGCUGUCGCUGCAGAGGCAGCUGCUGCGCGAGCUGGAGGCGCAGCUGCACGACUCGCAGCGCACCUGCACUCAGCUCCGGACUCAGCUGCGCCUCUGUGGCCUUUUAUCCGCGGCUGUCAGCAACGCAAAGAGCCAAUUGGAUCUCGGCUUGUCCAAGAUCCACGUCUACGAGGGGGAGAUGCAGCGAGCGCAGGGCCAGCUGGAGGCCGACAUGCAGAACCUGGAGGACGAGAAGAACCGGCUGAUCGAGGAGGCCUUCGUCCGGGCCGAGAGCGAGAUGAAGGCCGUCCACGAGAACCUGGCAGGUGUGCGUCUGAACCUGCUCAGCCUGCAGCCGGCCCUGCGAACUUUGACCUCUGACUAUAACUGCCUGAAGAAGCAGGUCCAGGAUUUCCCCUCCAUGCUGGAGAAAGCAAUCAGUGAGGCCAAGCAGGAGAUCUGCCAGGUGAUCAGCGACGUCAGCAGCACCAACCAGGAUCUGCUCAGGAAGUACAAGAGGGAGAUGAACCUGAGGAAGAAAUGCCACAACGAGCUGGUCCGCCUCAAAGGUAAUAUCCGGGUGUUCUGCCGGGUCCGACCCGUCAGCCAAGAGCAACUGGACUCGGCUGACGCGGAAACGGCGCUGAGCUUCGACUCAGACGACGACGCUGUCCUCUACCUGUCCUCCAGGGGAAAGGUCAUGACCUUUGAACUGGACAAGGUCUUCCCGCCGCAGGCCUCGCAGGAGGAGGUGUUCCAGGAAGUGCAGGCCCUGGUCACUUCCUGUAUCGACGGAUUCAACGUCUGCAUCUUCGCGUACGGACAGACAGGAUCUGGGAAGACCUACACCAUGGAGGGCGUGACCUCUGACCCUGGCAUAAACCAGCGCGCGCUGCGCCUGUUGUUCGCCGAAGUGUCGGAGAAAAGACUGGACUGGGAAUAUCGGAUCAUCGUCAGCCUGGUGGAGAUUUACAACGAAACGCUGCGUGACCUGCUGAGGCCGAAUUCCACAGACAAGCUGGACAUCAAGCUGAACCCGGACGGCAGCGGACAGCUCUACGUCCCCGGACUGACGGAGAUCGUCGUCCGGAGCCCCGAGGACAUCAACAGGGUGUUUGAGCUGGGCCGGGUGAACCGGGCCACGGCGUGCACCAACCUGAACGAACACAGCUCACGCUCCCACGCGCUGCUCAUCACCGUGUCUGGGUUCAACAGCACGACCGGAACCAGAACACAAGGGAAGCUGAACCUGGUGGACCUGGCCGGUUCGGAGCGGAUCGGGAAGUCCGGAGCAGAGGGCAGCCGGCUCCGGGAAGCGCAGUGCAUCAACAAGUCUCUGUCGGCGCUGGGCGACGUCAUCAGCGCGCUGCGCGGCCGACACGCCCACGUCCCCUUCAGGAACUCGCGGCUCACCUACCUGCUGCAGGACUCUCUGAGCGGAGACAGCAAGACCCUGAUGAUGGUCCAGGUGUCUCCGUUGCCUGGCAACAUGAGUGAGUCGGUGUGUUCGCUGAAGUUCGCUCAGCGCGUUCGCAGCGUGGAGCUCAACGCUGCCGCUUCGUCCAAGAGACACGAGAACUCGUCCACGUCGUCCUCGCCCACACACGGCAGCCUGGAGCUGGACUCUCCCCCUGUCACGCCGGCGCCCCUCCCCAUCUCGCGGGCCAGCAGCGCCGGCUCCACGCUGUCCUCGGCCUCCAGGACGCCCAGCGGGCCCAGCGGUUCCCGCAGGCGCUCCCAGUCGCAGCUGGCUGCAGGUCGGAGCGGACCCAGAGACGGAGCGCCUCCACUGUCCGUCUGCCCGUCUUCCUCUGUCUCCUCAUUCUGUGCUCUGAUUGGUUGGUUUCCAGACAGAGGGGUAGAGGGCCCGUUGCUAGGAGACGGCGGGCAGGACGACUGAAGCUGAACGCCUGAGAGACGCGGGACGUCCAGAACCGACAGUCUUUCUGUUAGUGGACCGGACUUCACCGAACCGGGCCAGAACUGCUGCUGGACUGUGAGGACAUCAGACCUGAUGCAGCAGAUGAUGAAGAAGAGCAGACUCUUCCUCUUGAACUGAACUGUUCCCCUAGAGAAUCUGUUUUUGCACUUUACCCUGAGGUUGUUUUCCCAGCAGCGCCCCCUGCCGGUCGCUGUCUGAACUCUUUUAAUUUAGUUGAACUUUGACCUGUAAAUGUUCUGAUCUGGUUGGAUCUCAUUGGCAUUUGGACUCUGGAGCGGUUCUGCUCCAGAGUCGACUGGGAUCCAGGCCGUCCGUCUGUUUUCUAAAUGUUUUUAUUAAACUUCCUGAAACCUUC